AUGGCUACUGGGCAGAUUCAUCACCUGCAAACUUUGUCAAAUGAAGAUUGUUGGAAAUUAUUCACUGAACAUGCUUUUGGAGAUAAUGUUGACCUCAAUGACUACCAAAAUCUUCAAACUUUACUGUUGUCAUGGUGUAAGAAGCUCUCUCUAUUACCAAAGAACAUGGGAAGCUUAAUAAACUUGCGAUAUCUAGACAUUGAAGGUGUACCUUUGAAAGAGAUGCCACAACAAAUUAAUCAGAUGAAACACUUGCAAUUCUUAUCAAAUGUGGUUUUGAGUGAUAGGCACAUUAAUGGAGGAAUUAAAAUAAAAAGGGAUAUACUUGAUGCACUUCGACCCCAUACAAACUUGAAACAUCUUGAGAUUGACAAUUAUAGAGGAACAACAUUCUCAGACUCGAUUGGAGACUUUGCAUUUUCUAAUUUAGUAUCAAUCAAGAUAAGCAAUUGUAAAAAUUGUUGUAUUUUACCACAUGUUGGACAACUAGCCUUUCUCAAAUCUCUCAUUAUCGAUGGAUGUGAUAGAGUGAUCUCAAUAGGUGAUGAGAUUCAUCACAAAGGUCCUCAAUUCAGCUGUCUAGAAGUGUUAAGGAUUGAAAAUAUGUUGGUGUGGAAAGAUUGGUCAUUUAGUAAUGAAGCUAUGCAAGGUGGUAAAAUAUUCCCUCUUCUAAAAAGACUUGUACUGAUGAACUGUCCAAAGCUUAGUGUUGGUUUACCUGGUUAUCUUCCAUCCUUGGAACAUCUCAUAAUAUGUAAUUGUGAGAAAAUGGUGGUUCUGCUUCCUGAGAACACAACAGACCAUUACAUCCCCUCCCUCUAUUGCCACCAUUUCUCCAAAACACUUUUUGAGAACUGUAAGCAAUGGGAUCUGCAAAGACUCUCCUCUUUGGAGUACAUAAAUAUCUCUGGUUGGGAUGAUGAUUCUUUCCUUGAGGAGGGGAUCCUCCCUAAAACUAUGACUAAACUUGACAUUUGGAACUCUAGCAACCUUGAAACCCUGAACAGCAAGGCAUUUCAGCAACUUACUUCCCUUACAUCCCUGGCUAUUGGUUUUUGUAAAAGCCUGCGGUGCUUGCCAGAAGAAGGGCUGCCUACUUCGCUUUCUCGUUUAUCACAUUUGUUAAAGCAACGGUGCGAGAAAGGAGAAGAUUGGCAUAAGAUUGAGCACAUUGAUGCUAAAGUCUUCCAUUAA